CGCACUGUUUCGUAUAGUUACAAAAUCAUAAAAAAACUUGCAGUACUUAUUCUUCCUUUACAACAUGCUUGUGAAAUACAAUUCGGCCUUUUCCGCUAUGCUGGCACCUUGCUUUGCCCGAUUGUGCGCGGUCUUGAAGUUGAUCUCGAGUGGGACAUUGGAGUCGGCGCAAAGGGCAUCUCAACGGCAAUGAGCAUGCUGCGGUUCGCCAACAGCACAGCGCCACCGGCAACCGAGUGGGUAUCGCUCGGCUGGAGCUACGGUACAAUGAGCCUGCAGCACCGCAAGGAUAAAACAGCCGUUGUCUCCAUGCAAAUAUUGCCCCCCUCGGCCAACCACCAAGUAACCCUCGGCAAGACAUCUGAUAUUUCCGACGCCAAAUACCUACCGACCCUAGAAGGCCCCAGCCAAGUAUUCCUCGAAUCCAAGGUUGAGCUCGAUGCCUCUGUGCCAUACUACUUCAAGGUCGAAGCGCACCACGAUCUACUACAGAACCGCACCACGUAUGAGGGCCUUUACAGCAUGGGCAACCAUUGGAUGUAUAUGGGCUCGCUGGUCCUGCAGCACCCCAAUGAUUCGGUAAACGGGAAAAUCAUUGGUACGCAGGUUAUUGACGACGACAGCAAUGAGCAGAGUAAAACAACAAGCAAAACCACCAGCUCUGCUGGCGAUGAGAGCACUGCCACAGAGAGCACCAAUACGGAGAAAAAGCGCCUGAGUGGCAAGCGCAAGGGCAGCAUGAGCAGCGGCAGCACCAAUAGCGACAGUGAGAGCGAUAGCGAUAGCGACGGUGGUAGCGACUCAGAGAGCGACUCGGAGAGCGGCGGCUCGGCGCCCAAGACUACCCGCGCCCCGCGACGCUUCGUGAACCGCCUGGUGGCAGCGCACAACAAGCAGAUGGACCCCAAGCGCCCACUGGUGCCCCUGAGCUUCCUCAAGAACGGCAUCAACUUCCCUGACUUUGUCGUUUUCCCAAAGGCUGAGGCCGCGGUGACCACUGAGGAGUCGAGUACCUCGGCUUCUACCAAUGAAUCAAGCACUUCUGCGUCUACCAGCAGUAAGCACAUCAAAAGCAAAGCUUUGAGCACCGAGACCGAAACUGAGAUUGAGACCACCAGUGAAGAGGGCGAAGGCGAGAGCAGCACAGAUGAAUCCACAGAAAGUUCCUAG